AUGGCCGGCAACGAAUAUUCCGCCGUCGGCGGAGGCGGCAAGCUGAAACUGAAAGGAUCUAAAGUCAAAGAUGGCCGGGUAGACAAGCCCAAGAAAAAGAAGAAGACUACUUCUCAGAAUCUACAGCAACAAGAAAAGGUGCUAGAAGGAGAAGGAGAAGAAAAGGAGGGAUCCCAAACGGCCAAACCAGCAGAAAACGAAUUACUCCUCACUAAGAACAACUCUGCAGCACAUGGAGAAGUCGAUGGUCAUGACGAAGAAUCAGACUCGAAACGAGUCGUGUACAAAACUGAAGCAGAACGAAAACACGAAGAGCAACGACGGAAGAGGCUGAAUGAAAGACUUCGUCGCGAGGGAGUCAAGACGCAUAAAGAGCGUGUGGAGGAGUUGAAUCGGUAUUUGAGUACGCUGAGCGAGCACCAUGAUAUUAAUAGUAAAUGCUCACAGCCGCUGACGACAAUCCUUGCAAGACGCUGA